UGAGCAAACAGUGUGUUGCUGUACUUUGGAGUGGUGGAUCUGUCUCUCUGGCACUAUAAGUUCAGGCUUUGGCUCUACAGGCAAAAGCAGACGAACAACUGACAACGACAAGAUGGCCAGAGUUUCUUUACUGACUUUUUUUAUUGUUGGUUUAAUGCUGGUGGUGUACGGACUUGCUGCUGAAAUCACAGAGGAAAACACAGGAGCUGUGUUUGUGCCUCAGCAGGCGGCAGACACGGUGCUGCGUCGCCUGCGUAGGUACAACAGUGGCCAUGGUGAAGAAAUCUUUAUGAAAGCCAACUUGGAGCGGGAGUGUAGAGAGGAAACUUGCGUGAUGGAGGAGGCCAGGGAGGUGUUUGAGGAUGAUGAAAAAACUAUGACAUUCUGGGCCAGCUACAGCGAUGGUGACCAGUGUAAACCACCCCCCUGCCAAAAUGGAGGUCAAUGUGAAGACGGAAUCGGCUCAUACGUCUGCUACUGCAAACCAAACUUCGACGGCAAGAACUGUGAGAUCGAGGUGUCCAAGCAGUGUUUGGUCAACAACGGUGGAUGUUCCCAUUUCUGUGUGAUGAAGGAGAAGAUACCUGUGUGUCAGUGUGCAGUUGGUUACGAACUCGGGCCAGACAAGAAGAGCUGUGAACCAACAGAACAAUUCAGCUGUGGUCGUGUGACCUUGUCCUCCACCUCCGUCACCAGGUCCAUCAUAACCCCACGGUCCUCAAGCACAACACACAGCUCUGAAACAAAAAACAAUUCCAGUGACACCCUGGAAGAUGACUUUGACUAUUUAACAGAGCUUUAUGACUACUACGACCUGCCUUCAAAUGAAUCAGACCUGGCCAAUGCCUCUGUGGCCUCUGUAGUCAAAAAACGAUCAGUGAGGUCGGAUUCAAGCUCUUCUGUAAAUCCAGCAGAGAUUGCCAUGAACAGUGGGGAGGCAAGCAAUGUCACUGAAACACCCACAGAGAAAAAGCAGCUGCCUUCCUGGGCUUUCUUCCCCACACUGCCUACCAUCAUAGAACAAGACAACACUGACCAGAGGAUUGUGGGAGGCAAUGAGGCCAUUCCUGGAGAGAUACCUUGGCAGGUUGCCCUGAUGUAUCACUCAGCCACCCUUCAAAAAGGGGUGUCUUUCUGUGGAGGAUCUCUGCUCAGUGAUUUAUGGAUCCUCACUGCUGCCCAUUGUCUGACGCACCCUGAUUAUGCUACACGGGAUGUCUUCGUCAGAGUGGGUGAACAUGAUGUGAACAAGGUUGAGGGUCCAGAGCGAGACCAUAUGAUAGCAGAGCAGCAUAUCCACCCCUUCUAUGAUGGUAAGAAGUCACCUUAUAACAAUGAUAUUGCUCUACUUAAACUUGCCAGUCCGGUGGAACUGUCCAACCAACGCCGUCCCAUCUGCCUGGGACCAAAAGACUUUACAGAGAAACUAUUGAGGGAUUCCAGCAGCUCUCUGGUAAGCGGCUGGGGACAGCUUAAGUUUCAAGGCCCUGACUCCAGCAAGCUUCAGAAGUUGGAGGUCCCCUACGUGGAACGCCCCAUUUGUAAAAAGAGCAGCCGGGACCACAUCACACGCUAUAUGUUCUGUGCUGGCUACCAAACUGAAAAGAAGGAUUCAUGCCAGGGGGACAGCGGGGGGCCGCAUUCCUCCAAUUAUAAAGGCACUUGGUUCCUGACAGGCAUCGUCAGCUGGGGGGAGGAGUGUGCCAUGGAUGGGAAGUAUGGCAUCUACACCCGAGUCUCACGGUACUACACGUGGAUCACUCAGACAACAGGUAUCCCAGUUAACAACUGACAAGGGAAAACACAGCUUUCAGCCAACAAAACACACAGAGGAAGUGAAAGCGUUUUCUCCUACUGAAGCAUGUUCAUUUGAAUUCUUUAAUAAAAGGUAAUUAAAAUA